AAUCUCGUAGGCAACGGCUGUGUCUAGUGUCGUUUCAGCUGUUUGGUGUUGUAUUUGGUUCUGUGGACGUGUGGAGUUCAUAUUUUGAUCGUUUGUGAAGUGAAGGGGAAUUGGAUAAUCCAGAUCUACGGUUUCGCCUCGCGAGUCUAAUUCUGUUCCAGCCAGCCUGUGUGACGGGCGCCGGGAGAUGGGCUCGGCCCGCGAGCUGCCGCCGGCCUGAGCUCCGCCAUGGUGGAGCACUGCGACCUGAGCCCCAACGCCAGCCCCGCCAGCCCCGCCAGCCCCGCCAGCCCCGCCGACCCCUCGGCGCGUAUCUCCGGCGACCAAAACUCGCUCUCACCCGGCGAGCUGGCGCUGCUCGCCAAGCUCGAGGAGGCCAACAGGCUGAUCGAGGCCGACGCCAAGUCCCUCAACUCGCUGUCCGGCAACAGCGGCCACUCUCGCAAGAGCUCGGACACCUCGCAGAUAUCGCUCACUUCAGGCACCAGCUCCAGCCAGGAGCGCGCGGAGGAUGGGGACGAGGAUGCCUGGACGCUAUGGGGCCGUGUCUCCAAUGACUGGGAGAACUUCUGGAAGAAGAGGAACCAGUUUGUCAGGGAUCUGGUUAGGAAGGGGGUGCCCCACCAUUUCCGCGGCAUCGUGUGGCAGCUGCUGUGUGGGGCGCACGACUCUCCAAUCAAAAAACAGUACGCGGACUACAUCAAGGCUACCUCGGCCUGUGAGAAGGUGAUCCGCAGGGACAUAGCGCGCACGUACCCGGAGCAUGACUUCUUCAAGGAGAAGGAUGGACUGGGGCAGGAGAGCCUGUUCAACGUGAUGAAGGCGUACUCGCUGCAUGACCGGGAGGUCGGCUACUGCCAGGGCUCUGGCUUCAUCGUUGGCCUGCUGCUCAUGCAGAUGCCUGAGGAGGAGGCGUUUGCGGUGCUGGUGAAGCUGAUGCAGGACUACCGCAUGCGGGACAUGUUCAAGCCCACCAUGGCCGAGCUGGGUCUCUGCAUGUUCCAGCUGGAGAACCUGGUUCAGGACCUGAUACCAGACCUCCACCUGCACUUCCAGUCACAGAGUUUUCACACAAGCAUGUACGCGAGCAGCUGGUUCCUGACGCUCUUCACUACAGCCCUGCCGCUGCCCAUUGCCUGCAGAGCAUUUUGUUUCAGGAUAAUGGACGUGUUCCUGUCGGAGGGGAUGGAGAUCAUCUUCAAGGUCGCCCUGGCGCUUCUGAUGCUGGGCAAGGACGAGCUGCUGUGCCUGGACAUGGAGGGCAUGCUCAAGUACUUCCAGAAAGACUUGCCGGUGAAGGCAGAGGCAGACCCAGACAACCUCAUGAACCUUGCGUACAACGUGAAGAUUAACCCCAAGAAGAUGAAGAAGCUGGAGAAGGACUAUACCGUGAUGAAGACCAAAGAGCAAGAGGAGAUGGUGGAGUUGAGGCGGUUGCGGACGGAGAACCGGCUGCUGCGACAGCGCGUGGAGCUGCUGGAGGCAGAGUCCAGCGAGCUGGCCGACCGACUGGUGCGCGGGCAGGUGUCACGGGCGGAGGAGGAGGAGACCUCCUUCGUGGUGCAGCGCGAGCUGGCAGCGCUGCGCCACACGCACCUGGAGACGUCGCACCGGCUGGAGCUGGCCCACGAGGAGAUUCGCAACCUGUCCUUACUCAUGGAGGAGACGCACAACUCACGACAGUCGUCACUGGAAGAGAUCUCCAUGAAGCGGGAGCUGCUUGGACAGAAAGAGGAGCUGAUCGAGUGCCUGCAAGAGGAGCUGGUGAAGGUGCGGCUGCGAGAGGCGGAGAAUGACGCCCUCAUCCGCGACCUGCGCGCCCGCAUCCAGGAGCUGGAGGAGGACAAGAAGACGCUGCGGGAGAUGACGCCCGACAACUCGGUCGCCCACCUGCAGGAGGAGUUGAUAGCUGUGAAGCUGCGCGAGGCAGAGGCCAACCUGUCCCUCAAGGACCUGCGGCAGAGGGUUGGCGAGUUGAGCGCACAGUGGCAGCGGCACCUGCAGCGCUGUGGCGCGGUGUGGCAGGAGCACCGCACGGAGGCCACGCCACCGCCCGACAGCACGCCCAAGAAGCUGCUGUUCUGGGAGAGCCGUGGGAAUGAGACCCAGCGGCUGGAGGAGGAGCUUAUGACCACACGCAUCCGCGAGAUGGAGACGCUCACCGAGGUCAAGGAGUUGCGGCUCAAGGUCAUGGAGCUGGAGACCCAGGUGCAGGUGAGCACCAACCAGCUGCGGCGGCAGGACGAGGAGAACAAGAACCUGCGUGAGGAGCUGGAGCAGGCUGCUACCCGCGAGAAGGAGCUGACCACUCGGCUCCGAGAACAGCAGCACCGCUACACCGACCUCGAGUCCAAGAUGAAGGAUGAGCUGAUGAUGGCGAAGAUUCGCGACGUGGAGCACACGCAGUGUGUCGCCGAGCUCACUCAAAAGAUAUCUCUGCUCGCUCUGAAGAACGAAGAGAUGGUGGCAGAAGGGGAGCUGCGAAGUGGCAACAUGGAAGACAGCGAUAAGGUGCGCGAGCUCCAGGACAAAGUGGCUGACUUGAAGGCAGAGAUCAUGAGGCUAGAGUCCUGGAAGCAGCGCUGGAUGGAAGGCUGUGGCCCGAGCUCGCACUUCGGCGCAUCUCGCUCGGGCUCGGUCGACACGGAGAGCGAGCACGACGAGCCCACUGCCGACCUACAGCUGCAGCUCGGCUCUGAGAUGUCCGGCGCCGAGGUAUGACCGUGGGCAUGCCGACGCCCGCUCUGGGGUGUCAUUGCGUGCGUCUGACGGGCCUUCCGCGUCGUACGCCAGACGUACGUUGCCGAACCUUUGUGCGCCAGUUACACGCUCCUCAGUAUUUUAAUUUCCUCAUUCAAGUAAUAUUACUUGAGCGUAAGCACUGUACUGUGGUGUGUUAACUACUAGUUUUACAUAGGCAGCCACAGUUUGACUUCAAUGUAUUUUUUUUCAAAGUUGUUAUACCUGUACUUUUUUGUACAUUAUUUACUGUUUCCUUCUUGAACAGUCUGUAAACUUUUGUGAUGGAAUUCUGUGAUUUGUAAUUGUAUUUUAUUAAAUUUCAACAUUGUUUUCGUACUGAAAACAAUAUAUAUUCUUAUUUACAUUAAUUUGAUAUAAUAAAAGUUUUAUUUCUACAUUCAUAUAUUUAUCCAUGCAAGGUGAGUGUUCUAUGAAAUAAACUAAUUUUUGCUAAGGCAUUUAAUAUCAGCUGUAGAAAUUUAUUCAACCCUUAAUUAUUACUAAAUUAUAUUUAUAGAGCUUUAUAGCCAUAAUUUAUCUUUUCACACAGAAAUGAAAUCUCUAAUAUUUAUUUUAUUUAAAUUAUAGUAUUAUGUACAGCUCUUAAAUUAUUUAGGGGUAUUGAAUAUAAUGAUUUGUAAUUUAAAACUUUGAUUUACUGUUGACUGGAAAAUAGACAUGAUAUUUAUUUUGUAUGAUGAAAAUUUAUAGGAAGUAUUUCUGUGAUGAGUUUGUACAUUUGUGUGUAAAUAGGAAUAUAUUUAAAAAUGGUGCAAUAAUGCUAGUGUUUAUACUGAAUAACCUUACAAAUUUUUUUCCCCAUCAUAUUUGUGUUUUUCGUUUAGUUUUUGAAACCAUAUAAAUAGUCAUAUUAUGUCUGAAGAAAUUAUUUUAUUUUAGGGUGUUGGUAUUGCUAGUAACAUUUUAUGUCAAUUUUACAGCACAGUUGAAUUUCUGGUGUAGAACUCUCUCUCUCUCUCUUUCUCUCUCUCUCUCUCUUUCUCUCUCUCUCUGUCUCUCUCUCUGUCUCUCUCUCUCUGUCUCUCUCUCUCUCUCUCUCUCUCUCUCUCUCUCUCAGUGUUGGAUGUGGGGUGAAUUAUUUGGCUUGCAGCAUUUGGAAAGCUAUGAGAAACUGAAAUGCAGGGGGGGCAAAUCUGUAGGAAUCUAAAGGGUAGGGGGGGGGCAGGGGGGGGGGGGGCGCAGGAAUUUCCAGGGAGAGGGCCCGCUCUGGAUACGGUGCUUCUAUGUUGUAAAUUGCCCGUAUUUUGGCCUGCCUUUAUGGAUGCAAUAAGCAGAAAACUUCCAAAUAUACAGGAAGUUUUCCAUAAGACGUAGUUUUGAUAUCAAACCCAUUUCACAGUCAUACUUUUGCAAGUACAGGCAAGUACAGUGAGGGUCUUCUUAAUUCCAGGAUCCACACCCAUGCUAUGAGGUACCUACAUUAUAUAUAGUGGCCGUGUCCGAAUUCAUUGCAACGAGUCCUUGCCCACUCCCUUCUCUUUUACUAAUUACUCCUUGUUCCUUCAUUUUGAAAUGUAAGCUUUCUAUGUAGACGUUCUUAUACUCUUUUUUUGCAUUUCAGUUAGCCACAAUUUUUUUUUACUGUUGACAGCCUUAUCUUAAGAUGCAAAAAAUAUAAUAAAUCUUACUGCUUUGGUUACAGCAAAUUAUUUAUUAUUUAACUAAAUUUGCAUUUUUAUAAAGUCAUUUGAACUCUAUAAAGCCAUAAAUAAUUGAAUAAACCUAUUAAAUUAAAUGAUAAGAGAAUAAUAAGACAAGCUGCACUUUUGUUUGUACUUAAUGUUCAUCCAUGUUGAAUGUAGCAUGUUGAAUGUAGUUUUUCAAAUAUUAUAAAAUGUGCUGAGCAACAGAAACUUUAUAAAAUAUAAUUUCUUGGUCACCAAUACCUAUCAAGGGAUCAAAUGGGGAUGUGGCAUUUUCUCCUUGGAAUAAGUGGACAUUAUAAUGAGCAUUCUGACAGCGACGUGAUUUCACGACAGUGAUGCACUUUUCAAAGGGGUUGAAGUUAGCUAAGGGCAUCUGGAAGGUGAAUUCGAACAUGGCCAGCGAGUCUGUGAUUCUUUGAACAUUUACACUUACUUAUUUUUGUAUCCUUCAAAAAUUACCUUUUAUAUAAUGUGUAAAAGUUUUCAUGUUCACCUUUGUUUACAACAGUUGCUACACAGUGUUCUGCAAUCAAUUAGUCUGAACGUUGUGCCCAGUUCCUUUCCAGUGAAUUGUUGGGGUGAGUGCCUGUCAGGUGAAAUGCAUAAUUUGCUGGAAGUGCGUGACCGUGGCAGCUUCUUGGUGCUUCACAAAGGAAUCGUCAAGCUAGUAAAACCAUAAAAUACUUCUCAAGAAUGACUGCAGGAAAAUGUUCAAAUUUAGCAAGUAGAUUGUAGUGUAAAUUAUGAUUGUAAAACUUUUUGAAGCAGAAUAUUUUAAAUGUUGAGAAAUAUGAACUGAAAUUUUAAAUUGGACUGUUAAGGUUGCUACAGAAAAACAAUAUCUUAAUAUCUCUUCGUAAUAUUUGUAAAUUUUCAAAGCAAGGUACGUGUAUCGACAACAGGACAAUGGCUGCGGAAAGUAGAUAGGAAGAGAUCACAAUUUGGAACCCAUAACUUCAGUACGUCAGUCAAGGUAGAGAUUACUGUAAAAACUCAAUUUCUUGGAUGUUUUGUAGUUUUAGACUUAGUGUGAGGACCAUAGUUCACUUGUGUGUGUGUGUGUGUAUGCAUGCUCUCUGCCUGGGUCUCUGAAGUGAACUCCUCUGUUUGUGACCGUACAAUCUAGCAAGUCUGGUCAAAUAGGAGGUUGCAAGUGUUUGUGGGAGCAUUCUGGUCAGGAAGCAGUUCUCGUUGAGGCUGGAAUGUUUACUCUCUGCAGAGGAUCACCUGGCCUUGCAAGCGUGUAGCCAGCCUAGCUAGUUGCCAAUGACCAUUGAGAGAGUUUUUGAAGAGAAGCAGGCCUAUGCUUCCGAGGAUUUUAUGGUUCAGAUGAAGCAGGAGUGCAGGAGUAAAUGUUCCAUGAAGGAAACUGCAGUCUGUCAACAACCAAUUUGAAUGUACAUUCAUUUGAGUUGCCCAAUAUAGUGGCCAUAAUAUGGCCCAUUGAUAACCCCACAACCAUGUGAGCUCCAAUUGAUCUUAACUCUUCCAGAUCUUGAGAAAAAAAAUUAUGGUAAAACUUAACUGGUAAAAGAGAGUUAACUUAUAUGAAAUCAGGGUUUCUUUUUAAUUGGCUUCGAUUUCCUUAAAAUGUUAUUUUAGGCUCUACAUUCCAUACAUUAGAACCAGAGUCCAAGUCACACUAGUGCAGCUCUGAGGUACAGCAGUGUGUCAAUUGUUGUUUUAUAAUAAUUAGAGAAAAUAAAUGUAAGUAGUCUUGCUGUUUACAGUGAGCUGUAUGUAGUAUGUAGUUUUCACAAGAGGAUUCAGAAAUUGAAAAAGAAAGAAAUCAAGUAUUUUUAUUACUUUGGAUGAUAGAUUGCUCAGGGUAAAUAUGAACAGUCAUCAGUUUAAAACUAAUAAUUUUGGUUCUGUUGUGUCUUGGAGAAAUACUUUGCCAGUGACUUUCCCAUGGUAUAUGUAUGCCUAGUGUGGUCUGGACCAGUGUUCUCUUCUGUAGUUUUACACACUUGUUGUUUGCUUCAAGUCACAUACAUAACUUGAUUAGAGCUCUAAACUGGACCACAAACAGAAGUAUGAAUGUUCCAUUCGUCAUCGGUGCUAGAAUAUCUUUGAUAAGUUACAGAGCCCAGCGACUGAUGCAUCGCUCUACAAAUUAACAAUUAACACAUUUCUUUUCACUUUUUGUUUUGCAUAUACUACACAGAAAGUGAGUUUGGCAAUGAUGUGUAAAGCUUUUCUGCUUCUGUCUCAUUUUAAUUUAUGGAAGUUAAUAGUUGCAGUGUUUGUUUGCACACAUGCAAUUUCCACUUCAUUUUUUAUGUCAAUGUGUGCGAGGGUACCUAAUUAUUUAUUUUUGUUUUGAGACUUUUCUGUCUAUUAGUGAUAAUAUACAAAAUUCUCAAGCAGAGUAGUAGUAAAAUUAUUAUUAAUUAGUACUUGUCUUUUUUAUUCUUUAAUUUUUAAAUAGAAAUAUCUGUAUUAGUAUCCUAAUCAUUGGAUAAUCCAUGUAUGUAACAUUGGGGUGAACUACAUGAAAAAAUAAACACAUUCACAACCAAUGUUCUAAUUUACAAACUGUAGAAAAUAUUUUUUUUAAAAAAACUUCCUUUCAUAAUUACUUUUAACUACCAGCUGCAAAUUUCUUUAUUGCAAAUUACUUAUUGCUAAAGUUUGGUUUUCUUUAGUCAUGAGUUAGUUCAAUACUUCCCAAUCUCCCAUGCCUGCAAAUAUCACAAAAACGAAGCAAAGCUUAAUAGAUCAAAAUUAAGUAGUGACAGAGCUUUCCAAGAGACAUCUCACUUAUAUCAGGGUGUGAUUUUAUUGGCUAAGCCAAACUUUAGUGUAGUUGGGACACAAAAUGUAGACUUGUUUGUUACUCGACUUGGACGGACAGUCAAGCUCAAGUUCUGAAUGCACAUUGGAAUUUGUCGUCGGCAUUCGGCCAGAGUUCGUAGAGACAGGCUGGCUCUUGGACUAAGCUUGAAAGUUGUGGUUUUUAUUAAAAUAUUUAUUUGAUUUUUUCCUUGCUUUCUUGAAAUCCACAAAAUCAACUUUUAUCUUGGAAACCUGUCAACACAAAUAAAUAAAUUUUUUUUUUCAGGCAUAUAAAUUUUAAUUUUUAGAAUUGUUAGAAUGUGAAUAAAACUUUAUACAGUAGACUCCCUAUUAUCCGCGGGCGGAUGAUCCGCGGUGCUGAUUAUCCGCUCAUGCUACAAAAAAAAUACAGCACAUAUGUAAAUCUGUAUUUUAUUACAUGUGAGCAAAUUUGAACUCUACUGACGAGUGUAUUGUGUGCAGUAUACUGUAAAACGCCACAGGCCUUCUCGGAACUCACGCAGUAGGCUGACAUGCGUUGCUAUUUUUGUCUCUGUGCAACUUUGUUUCUAGUCGUAUGGUUGAGCACUUUUAUGUUUACAUUACUGAAAUGUAUUUUAUGUUAAUAAUUCAGUAAAAUACUAAAAUUUUAGCAUCAUUAAAAGUUUUUUACUGUUAAUUGUAACUUUUACUGCACAUAAAGUUUUAGAUUUUUAAGUUUAAAUUAAUGUUUCCUUUUUUGUUUCCCAUUAUCUUUUUUUUUUUUUUUUUUUUUUUUUUUUUUUUUUUUUUUUGCGGAUUAUCCGCGAUUUUUACUAUCCGCGGUGGCCCUGCCACUUAAUUUUGCGGAUAAUCGGGAGUGUACUGUAUAUCUCCCAAGGAAAAUAUUUAAUAUUCCGGGAUUAAAAAGUUUGUAGGUGGAAUAUUUUGUGUGCUGAAUGUUGGCAGUGGUUGGAGUUUGCAGGGUUUUUUUUUUCCGUAUAGAAUUGCUUUUAAUUGAUCAAUAAGAAAUUUGAGCAACGAAUCCAUGUAGUUAAUGUAAUUUUCACACUCUGAGUGUAUUCAUGAACAUUUCCCCCAUUACCUGCUUGUGUGUUCUGAAUGGUAAAACAUAUUUUAACUGUUGCCGUAGUUGGCUGUAUGUUGGUUUCCCUGUAAUUGGUAGGUUUGGUUUUCAGAAAUAGUGUAACAAUGAUUGUAAGUUUUAUGAACAUACAUGAUGUUUGCAAAAAAAAAAUUCAUUUUCGUGACAUUUUAAAUUUUUUUUUUAUAUAUAUAUAUAUAAGUUUUCUGACAAUGUUAUAUCCAUUCUCAAUUUUUUUUUUUCCAGUGCAGAUUAUUUAUUUUUGAAGUCUGUUCUAGGGGACAAGAGACUAAAAAAGUUAUUGCUAGGCAGAAAGUGUUUCAAUUUAUUAAUAAAGUCCAUAGUGUGUUUAAUAACUGUUCUGAUAACUGUUAGCCUUUUGAGAGAUACUCGGUUAAUGAUGGCCUUGAAAGCAACUUUUGAAAGUUGCCCUGAAAUCAACAUCUUAACACACUUGUUGCUUAGAAUACACAAAAGAUGGUGAACUAGUCAAAACUUUUGCUCUCAAAAUAUGAGUUGUGGAGAUUUUGCAAUUGAUUAGCAAUCACUAUACAUUUUUGUCACUGCUUUUGUCUUUUCAAAAAAUCCCUUUGUUUUUAUGGUCUUAAUUUAACUAUAUAUUUGCAGUGCUGGUUUUUUUCAUUUGUAACUCUGUGACAGAACAAAAAACUUGAAUUGUAAAAUUAUUUUCACGUAAAGUUUACACAAACAUACUCUAACACUGUGCUAUCUUAAACCCCCUUGUACUUGGUUAGCUUUUUUUUUUUUUUUUUUUUUUUAAAUUUUAUUUCAUGAUUUUAAAUUGCUUAUUUUCAAAAGCCCUGUUGUAGAUUUAUGGACAGUUAAUGCCCGUCUUUUUCAACAUAUAUUUCUCUGAGCUGAGUGAGUUAUUGAGCAGUUACCAUCUGGUAUUUGCAGAAGUAUUAUAGUGUAAAAUCUAAUUAUUGUUCAUAUAUUAUUUGUAAAGUAGUAGUUGGUUAAUUUUCAAUUAGAUUGGCAUUUAUUUUCUGCUUUUAUAAUAAAUUUUUUGCAUUUAUUGUGAAAUAUAUAAAUGUAUGUGAUAGUUCAUUAGUGGUGUACUUAUUUUGAAACAUUUUAGCAAAUUCAUGUUUGUAUGUUGGUAGUUUGGUGCUUAGCUACUUGAUGUAACUAGACAUUCCGAAUUUUUUAAAGUAAUGUUUUGUUAAUCUGAUCUUGUGGGUGAGAUGAUAAAAUGUAUUAACACGUUUCUUUCAUAUUCACUAGCCUUGAAAUUUUCCCUGUGUAAAAAAUAAAAUUACAUAAGGCCAUGUCUUCUUUACCUCAUCUGGAGAUUAUUUUAGACAUUAAAUAAAGGGUAGAUGGUCUAA